GCAAUGUUCCACACCUUGGCAACCGUGCUGCUCCGCUUUUAAACUUGCAUUCACGUCGUUCUAUACCACGGUUAUUCUUUUCAUCGCCUGCUACAUCAAGUGCAGCUGCCGAGGAUUUGGAUUUGUUGAGUGACCCAUGGGAUGCAAAUUUGUUCAAGAAAAAAUAUAUCGAGGGUCUGGCAUCGUGACAGUUCACCACCCUUCAAGGAGUUCAAUAUGGUUGAAGUCAUGGAAAAAUGGCAGAGACCAAAACGCGCGCAUGACCAUGAUCAUUUCCUUUUGGUGCUCGACUUUAUGCGACACUUCUUUCUAAAUGCGUGCGAACCACCUACGAAAAUUCAACAGUACGCCUGUAGACAGAGCGGAAAGAAGGGAAAAUUUGACCAUCUUAAGGACCUCCCGGAAGGAUUAGUCGAUUUCUUAAUAAGUUUCAUCCUUGACGCUCUUGGCCUACACCGCGACCAGCUUUUGAGGACGCCAGAUGAGCACAAACGGAAUCCAAAUAAGUGGUGGGAAGACCUUCGAAGGUAUCAUUUUGACCCUGAUAGGGCCAUGCUCCUUCCAUCAAAGAAAAAGCGUGUCAUGGUCGAAGGCAGCACUGUUACUAAAGAAGACGAAGUGAUCCAGAAGACUGAAGCCGUCGAAGACGAAGUUGAAGUAGUCGAAGACUGAUGCUGUUCUCAUUCUUAGUCGUAGUUUUUUUCGUAAUGUGUCGUUUUUGUGGUGUUUUCAAUCCUGUAAUUGCUGCUGACUGUGCAUAUCAUUUCCAUGUCAUUGUAAACUCUACUCGAGAAGAUCAUGCGGUAUUUGUUAAUAAAUUGUAUGACGU